GCAAUAAAAACAAAGAAUAUAUUGUCAGACACGAAAUUUGUUUACGCUGUAGUGUCCAAUAAGUUAACGGAACAAGUCGAUUAUAAUACCAUCUGCGCUGCAAUGGAUGCCACAUCAAGCUUAGCCGACAAGUUGGCAUCGAAAACGGCCAGCAGCAACUCACUGGACAGCAGCUCCAAGUCAAGUUCCCUGGGCUCCAAGCAAGGUGCUGAGAACGGUGUGCUGCGAGACACGCCCUUUGCCUACCUGGACGGUGAGGAGGAUCAGGACCAAAAAAACGAUGUGACCUAUGUAUGUCCGUAUCGUGGACCCGUUUUUGGUGCACUCACCAUUACCAAUUAUCGGUUGUAUUUUCGUUCACUGCCGCUGCGCGACCAAGAGCCGCCCGUCGUCAUCGAUGUGCCGCUGGGUGUGAUAGCUCGCGUAGAGAAAAUCGGUGGCGCCACGUCGCGCGGCGAGAACAGUUAUGGCAUUGAGAUUUUCUGCAAGGACAUGCGAAAUCUACGCUUUGCGCACAAACAGCAAAAUCACUCGCGUCGCACCGUAUUCGAAAAAUUGCAGUGGAAUGCAUUUCCGCUGUCCUAUACGGGAAAACUGUUCGCCUUCACCCAUGGGGCAGUGAGCGCCAGCUGGGAUGGCUGGUCAGUGUAUGAGCCGCUGGCGGAGCUGCGUCGGCUGGGCGUGCCCAAUGAUAUGUGGCGGGCGACGAAGCUAAACGAAUCCUAUGCCAUUUGCGAUAGCUAUCCGGCUGUGUGGGCCGUACCCAAGGCCGCCUCGGAUGACAUUUUGCGUCGCGUUGCACAGUUCCGUUCGCGUUGCCGUCUGCCCGUCCUGUCCUGGAUGAAUCCACGGACGCAGGCAACCAUAACGCGCUGCUCCCAGCCGCUGGUGGGCGUCAGUGGCAAACGGAAUGCAGAUGAUGAGGCGUAUCUCAGCUACAUUAUGGAGGCCAAUGCACAGUCGGACAAGCUGACUAUCAUGGAUGCGCGUCCCAGUGCGAAUGCCAUUGCCAAUAAGGCCAAAGGCGGCGGCUAUGAGUCUGAGGAUGCCUACAAGAAUGUGGAGAUCAAUUUCCUAGACAUACACAAUAUACACGUGAUGCGCGAGAGUUUGCGCAAGGUGAAGGAGGCCUGUUAUCCAACCACCGAUGACUCCAAAUUUCAGUCGGUUAUCGAUAGCACCUUGUGGCUGAAGCAUCUGUGCUGCGUCCUAGCUGGCGCUGUGCGCAUUGUGGACAAGGUCGAAACAAUGAGCACUUCUGUAGUGGUGCACUGCUCCGAUGGCUGGGAUCGCACUGCACAGCUGACGGCUCUAUCGAUGCUGCUCCUGGAUCCAUAUUAUCGCACCGUGCGCGGUUUUGAGGUCCUCAUCGAGAAGGAGUGGCUGUCGUUCGGUCACAAAUUCCAGCAGCGUAUCGGGCAUGGCGACAACAAGCACUCAGAUGCAGAUCGCUCACCAGUGUUCCUUCAAUUUAUUGAUUGCGUGUGGCAAGUGAGUUGGCAGUUUAAAAAUGCCUUCGAGUUCAAUGAGUAUUUCCUCAUUACCAUUGUGGAUCAUCUGUAUUCGUGCCGCUUUGGAACCUUCCUAUGCAACACCGAGGCGGAGCGGGUCACAGAUGAUCUGAAGCACAAAACAACAUCACUGUGGACGCACAUUAAUUCGUCGCUGGAUCAGUAUCUGAAUCCGCUGUUUCCAGCCUCCUCAGAUCGGGCCGAGCUCGUGUUGCGUCCCAUUGCCAGCACUCGGAUCAUACGUCUGUGGAAGGGUCUCUACUGCCGUUGGAAUCCGGGAUUGUGUACGCCACAGCAUGGCUGCCAGCGCACAAGGGAACUGCUAUCGAAGCAGGACCAGCUCUUUAAGCAUGUCAACGAUCUGCGCCUGAAGCUCAUCAAUCGCAUUGGCAAUACGCAGACGACCACACGAUUGGCGUCGCCCAUGCGUUAAAUGAUAAAUGUGAAAUGUUUUAGUUUGUGUUCUGUUCUUAACUAGUUUGCAAUAACUGUAUUAACGACAUUUACUAUACAACAUGUAUUAACGAAAUAUUUUAAUCCAAAAAUCUUGUGUUUAAGCAUCUAAUAAAAUAAUAAUACAUACACGUAUUUACUGUGUGUUGCAUAACAAUC